AUGGCUUUUGAAAAUGCUGCUAAAAAUGGAUAUCUUGAAAUAUUAAAAUAUUUACGUGAAUUAGGAUAUAAAUGUUCAGAUUAUUAUUUUAAUAUAGCUUUUGAAAAUGCUGCUAAAAAUAGAGAUUUUGAAAUAUUAAAAUACUUCGGAAAUCUUGAAGUAAUUAAAUACUUGUAUGAAUUAGGGUAUAAAGGUACAGAAAAUACAUUUGAUUCUGCUAUUGAAAGCGGAAAUCUUGAAGUAAUUAAAUAUUUUCAUGAAUUGAGGUAUAAUGGUACGGAGUAUGCAUUUAAUUGUGCUUUUGAAAAAGCUGCAGAAAAUGGAAAUCUUGAAAUGUUAAAAUAUUUACAUGAAUUAGGGUAUAAAGGUGCAGAAUGGUAUUAUUAUGAAGAAUUAGCAAUUAAUUAUGCUACUGAAAAUUAUGACUUUGAAUUAGAGCAACAAUUAUAUAAAUUUAAGUAUAAAUAUGAAAAAUGUGCAAUUAGUUCUGCUACUAUAAACGGGUAUGAAUGUUAUGAUUGGACAAUUGAUUGUGUUGCUAAAAAUGGUCACCUUGAAAUAUUAAAAUAUUUACAUGAAUUAGGAUAUAAAGGUACAGAAGAUGCAAUAGAUAAAGCUGCUCGAAAUGGGUAUAAAUGUGACAAAUGGACAAUUUAUAUUGCAAAAGAAAAUGGUCACCUUGAAGUAAUUAAAUAUUUACAUGAAUUAGGGCAUAAAUAA